AUGAAAAAUAGAAGCAGGGUAAAAAAGAUAGAUGUAAAAGAGAUUAGGUUCAUUAGGAAUUAGAAUUAUUAUUUUAUCCAUUCAAUAAUAAGUAUAAACUUUAUAAAAUUUGAUAUCAAAACAUUAAUAUUGAUGAUAAAACAAUACGAUGUAUAAACACUUCUUCAAAAUAAAUACUCUAAUAGCGAAUGUUAUUAUUAUUCUAGGACUUUGAAUGAUUUUGUAAAUUCAGCCAGAACUCAAGAGGUGAUUGACUUUUAUCAAACUUUAGCUUAUAAUGACAAUUAGGAAUUCUUAAGACGGUUCUAUUUAGCAAGUGAAUUGCAUGAUAAAAUUAGGCUAUUUACGGAGUACUAUAAAUAUCAUAAUGAGAUUCCAAGAUGGUUUAUGCAUAAAAUAAGCAAUAUUAUGAGCAAUUACCAUGAUAAGAAAAGAAGAGUUGAAUAUAAUCGUAUAAAACGCAUAAUAGAAGAAGAAAAUCGAAAGAAUCCAAACAAACCAAAGAAAGCAAUUGUAGGGGAUCAACGAGAGGAACCGUAACUGGUCUCUCCAAAACAAUAAGAAUAAGUCUAUAGUAAAAUAUUGCAAGAUAUAAUUGAAAAUUCCACGACUAUUGAGGCAAUCAAUUAAAAAUUAGAUGCAAUUAAAAUCAAUGCAGGUGAAUUAAUUUUACAGCCUUCCAAUAGAGAACAGGAAAAAUUAUAAAAGUUUCUUCAGUAUUUGACUGAGAAACAGAAACCUAAACUCUAAACACAGUAUUAAUUACAUUCACCCAAAACAUUCAAUAAAAUUACUUUAAAAGUGAGCCAGUAGAAUAUCAAACAAAUGAUAUCUAGAAGUUCAAAAAACCAAUAACAAUUUCAUCUAUCUCCAAAAACACUCAAAGAUGAAUGGUUAAUCUCUCCAAAUGGUCAAUCAACACACAGAUAAGUUAAAGACCCUCUAUCUAAACUCUUGAGCCCUGUUCACGUCCAUACUAUGAAUUACCCUCUUAUUCAUCAUACACUUGAGCUUAAACAAAAACCCACUAUUUAAACUCAUCGAUCUUAAUAAGCUAGUGUUUCUCUUUGCAAACAAUUUAAAAUUGGUGAUAAUUAGCCUUAACCUAGAAGACUCCAUUAACAUACAAGAUCGGAAUUCAGAUUUUUUAAGAAAUGA